GCGCAGCAAGCACACAGUGGUAGCCUAUAAAGACGCCAUCUACGUGUUUGGUGGAGACAACGGAUGAGAGCUAAGCCCUGGGCCCGGCUCCCGAAUCCGUGAAGCUCUCUCAGCGAUGGGGAACACACACUGAAGUCAGGGAGCCGGCCGUGUCCUGCAUGAGUGGACGCAGCCUUGAAGGAGACGCGUCUGCCCCGGCCGGCGCCCCGGCCAGGUGCUGCUUCUUCCCCGCACCCCACGCGGGCGGCUGACGAGCUUCAGAGAACACAGAUUUCCUGCCUUCCAGUGUCGCUCACUUGCACGAGGGUUUCCCUUCGUUUCGCUGCACAUGCCUGGCAAACAGCUUUUCCCGGUGGCCCGUCUCCACCUCACGACGGCUCCCGGUUCAGUGGUGGCUGGCUUCCUUCUGUGAAGCAGCUGCCAAGGUGGCCCUUGGUCUGUGCGGCCGCGUCCUGCUGCUGGCCUGGUUCCUCCAGGAGCUGCAUCUCCCCGGAGAGACGGAGCUGUCUUAGCAAGGGCGGGGCCCGGCCAGGCUGGCACAGCAGGCCGGCAGGCUUAUUCCGCACCAGGAGAGAGGGAGAGUCUGGAGCAGAGGGAUCCGUGCGGCAGGACUGCGCUGCCUGGAGUCUGCUGGGCUUCCCUGCCGCGUGCACCGCGGACGUACACAGGAGAGGCCAGGGAUGGCCCCCCGGGGCUCUGGAGGGUUGGGAGCCAGCUGGGUGUGAGGCUGAAGUUGGGCUCCUGGACACACGGGGCUUGUUGAGGUCAGCUUGGUGGCUUUGAGAAUGUGGCUUCAACCCUCCACUGCCCCCGUGUCUCCUCUGUCGAAGGUGGUGGGCUUCCGCCUUGCUUUUGAAAGGUGCUCCUGAGGGUCAGUGAGCCCCGGGCUGUCAGGGCCCAGGACGCAGGUGUCCCCACGACUGGCCUGUAGCUCAGGCAGGCCUGGCCUCUGACGGGCUGUGGCCGCGGUCCCAGGGGAUCCCUCCGUGGGGCCUGCACACUGGGGAGAAGGGGCUUCCAGCCUCUCUGCCCACGCGCAGCCAGCUGGAGCAUGUUCCUUCUUGGCUCACAACCCGGCACGGCCCCCUCUUUGGGGAAAGGCGCGCGCCCUCCUGGCAGCGUGUGAGACCCCGCACGCGUGUCCACAGCUCCGCUGCUCUUGCCCGUGUGGUACUGGACACCCUGCCUCACUGUGUCUUGGCUGCACGUGAGGACCCUCCUGCUGCCUCCCUGCUUCCCACCCUCCCUGCCCCUCCUCUACAUCUCCUGGGAUUGAGGCCUCCCCCGCCACCCCUCAGACCAGCUGGACCAGCCGGUGGCUUCCCCUCCGCUUCUGCCCCUCUUCCGGCUCCACUGUUCCUCAGAGCAGCCGGAUGUUCGCUGGGUCUCUCCUUGGCCGGGGCUGGAGCUCUGUCCCCGCGCUAAUUCCAUACAUGUGUGCCCUUGGUGGGAAUGAAAUGCGGAAGAGGUGUCCAUCCCCAGGGGUUUACUGCAGCCUGAAGGAGACUCCCCCGAGCCAGAAAAGGCCUAGUGGCCAGCGCAGGGCCGGGGGUGAUGAGUCUCCCACCCUGUGCCGGGGACACAGCCUUUGAGUGACAGCUGUGUAGCUGGAAGCAGAAACAUUUUCUCUGCAAGGAGACACUAAGAAACAGAGAAGGAUUUGUCUCACUCGAGUUGGAACUUUGUAAACAGCGCAGUGUGGCUCCUCCAGCUUAGAGGGGUGCGCAGGGGCGAGGGAGGGGCCGGUCUCCUCUGCUUCCCUGCCCGUGGGGCGUGGCCUCAGGCCCUGUGGUCGCCCAGGCUGUUUCCUCAAGGGGGAGCAGAGGCGCAGGCCUGGCCCACGGGCAGGGGCGCUGGGCUCUUGCUGGGUGGACGCCCUUCUCGCUCUUCCCGUGAGGGCUGGGGGGUAACGGGUGGGUGUUGUUAGGUGGCCCGUGGUUCUGCUUGCGCUUUAUUGUGUCUUGAAUGUGGUUGUUUACCUUGGCUCUGCGAUAAAGAGGCGACUGGAAGAGAGAGAAGGCAAGGGGCCUCCCUGACCCGCUGCGGCCUGGGAGCGAGAGUGGGGUGGCUGGUGAGACGCGAGGUGCCUGGAACCAGGCGUGCGUCCCGACCCUGGGCGGGUUGGUCCCGCAUCCACGGGGAGCUCCCUUUGGGGUCCCGUCUCUGGACCCUCGAGCAUCAGCUAGCUGCCCUGGCUGAGCCUCCCAAUCAGCUGCCCGUGUCCGUCCGCCGGUCCCCACUGUCUUUCAGGAAGACGAUGCUCAACGACCUCCUGCGCUUCGACGUCAAGGACUGCUCCUGGUGCAGGGCCUUCACCACCGGGACCCCCCCGGCCCCCCGCUACCACCACUCCGCCGUGGUCUACGGGAGCAGCAUGUUCGUCUUCGGGGGCUACACUGGCGACAUCUACUCCAACUCAAACCUGAAGAACAAAAACGACCUCUUUGAAUACAAGUUUGCAACUGGCCAGUGGACAGAGUGGAAAAUUGAAGGACGGCUGCCAGUCGCCCGCUCGGCCCACGGUGCCACGGUGUAUAGUGACAAGCUGUGGAUCUUUGCCGGCUAUGAUGGCAACGCCAGGCUGAAUGACAUGUGGACCAUCGGCCUCCAGGACCGGGAGCUCACGUGCUGGGAGGAGGUGGCCCAGAGCGGCGAGAUCCCGCCCUCCUGCUGCAACUUCCCCGCCGCCGUGUGCAGGGACAGGAUGUUCGUCUUCUCGGGCCAGAGUGGGGCCAAGAUAACCAACAACCUUUUCCAGUUCGAGUUCAAGGACCAGACGUGGACACGCAUCCCCACCGAGCACCUGCUGCGGGGCGCCCCGCCGCCCCCGCAGCGGCGCUACGGGCACACCAUGGUGGCCUUUGACCGCCACCUCUAUGUGUUCGGGGGCGCGGCUGACAACACCCUCCCCAACGAGCUGCACUGCUAUGACGUGGACUUCCAGACCUGGGAGGUCAUCCAGCCCAGCUCGGAUAGCGAGGUCGGCGGGGCCGAGAUGCCAGAGCGAGCGUCCACUUCCGAGGAGGUGCCUGCUCCCGGCUCCGAGGAGCGGACCGGCUGCAAGAAGUCCCGGGACGUGUUCGGCCUGGACUUCGGCAGCACCACCUCCAGGCAGCCCUCCCUGCCUGCCUCAGAGCUGCCCAGCGGAAGACUCUUCCACGCGGCCGCCGUCAUCUCGGACGCCAUGUACAUCUUCGGGGGCACGGUGGACAACAACAUCCGGAGCGGGGAGAUGUACAGGUUCCAGUUCUCCUCCUACCCCAAGUGCACGCUGCACGAGGACUACGGGCGGCUGUGGGAGGGCCGCCAGUUCUGCGACGUGGAGUUCGUGCUGGGCGAGAAGGAGGAGUGCGUGCAGGGCCACGUGGCCAUCGUCACGGCGCGCAGCCGCUGGCUCCGCAGGAAGAUCGCCCAGGCGCGGAAGCUGGAGGAGGAGGCGGCCCCGGCGCCCAGGGAGGGCCCUGUGGCUGCUGCGGGAGCGGCCCGGCCGCCCCUGCUGCGCGUGGCCAUCCGCGAAGCCGAGGCGCGGCCGUUCGAGGUUCUCAUGCAGUUCCUGUACACCGACAAGAUCCAGUACCCGCGGAAAGGUCACGUGGAGGACGUGCUGCUCAUCAUGGACGUGUACAAGCUGGCGCUGGGCUUCCAGCUCUGCCGCCUGGAGCAGCUGUGUCGCCAGUACAUCGAGGCCUCGGUGGACCUGCAGAACGUGCUGGUCGUGUGCGAGAGCGCCGCCCGGCUGCAGCUGGGCCAGCUCAAGGAGCACUGCCUGAACUUUGUGGUGAAGGAGUCGCACUUCAACCAGGUGAUCAUGAUGAAGGAAUUUGAGCGCCUCUCCUCCCCUCUGAUCGUGGAGAUUGUGCGGCGGAAGCAGCAGCCGCCGCCCCGCGCCCCCUCCGACCAGCCGGUGGACAUCGGCACGUCUCUGAUCCAGGACAUGAAGGCAUACUUGGAGGGCGCGGGCGCGGAGUUUUGCGACAUCACCCUCCUGCUGGACGGUCACCCGCGGCCAGCCCACAAGGCCAUCCUGGCCGCCCGCUCCAGCUACUUCGAGGCCAUGUUCCGGUCCUUCAUGCCCGAGGACGGCCAGGUGAACAUCUCCAUCGGGGAGAUGGUGCCGAGCAGGCAGGCCUUCGAGUCCAUGCUGCGGUACAUCUACUACGGCGAGGUCAACAUGCCGCCCGAGGACUCGCUCUACCUGUUCUCAGCGCCCUACUACUACGGCUUCUACAACAACCGUCUGCAGGCCUACUGCAAGCAGAACCUGGAGAUGAACGUGACGGUGCAGAACGUGCUACAGAUCCUGGAGGCGGCGGACAAGACGCAGGCCCUGGACAUGAAGCGGCACUGCCUGCACAUUAUCGUGCACCAGUUCACCAAGGUUUCCAAGCUGCCCACGCUGCGCUUGCUGAGCCAGCAGCUGCUGCUGGACAUCAUCGACUCACUGGCCUCCCACAUCUCAGACAAGCAGUGUGCAGAGCUGGGGGCCGACAUAUGAGGGCCGAGCGAUGCCGCGCCGCCCCGCCCUGCCCGCUGCAGCCCGUGCCACUCACACUUGGGCCUCCAGCUGAGGGGCCUAGUGCCCAGAGCCUCCCAAAGGGGGCUGAGCGGACACGGUGGUGCCCCAAACGCCCCUCUCGUUGCUGAGGACACACAUCCCCCGGGAAAUGGACAGUGAAGCAGGCCUCUGACUCUCGACCGCCCCAGGGUGGGGUGCCAGGCUUCAAUGGUGAGAACACCACAGGGGGAAGGGCCUGGCCAGGGCCCAGAGGGGCAGAGGAGCCCAGCAGGGAGCUGGCUUUGGGUCCCCUACCAUCUUGCAGGGGCCCAGCAUGGUUUGUGCCUCCCGCAACUGGGUCAUGUUGCCAAGGCGCCUUGAUGUGGGCCGCAUAGCAACCCCCGACCCUCGUCAAGGUUGGUGUAAGGGUCCUGUCCUGCCACCCAGAGCUUGGGCAGGUGGAGUCCAACUCCAGAUGAACUGUGAGGCGUGAAGGGCUCUGAGCUCAGCUCCCAGCCGGAGGAGUCAGCACCUCUGGACGGCCGGGCACCCCCCGGCACGGGCGCACAUCGGGGCCCUGGGCGUCCCAGAAUGAAGUCAGAGACGUCCCAGGUCCCCGCCUGCUCCCACCAUCUACUGUCAAUGGGCUUGCCUCCAUUAAAGGCACAGCAGCGCUACCUGUA